AAAUCUUUAGGUUGAGAGUGGAUAUCCCAAGAUGUCUGCGCCCAUGGAAGUUCUCGCCGUUUCUCUGCGUUAAUACACAUAUGCAUCCAGCAUUCCUAUACAAUUCUUGUGGCCUUAUAUUAUAAAAUUAGACUCAGUGUGCAAGUCGCGGAACCCUCUAUAGUACCAUACUCCAUAGCUAUGCCAGAGGGUCCACCUCCAGCUGGCUAGACGACCUCCAGGCAGAUGUUUCUGACAGAAAAAGUUGUGGGUAGACAUCUUGUAGAGCUGAUUGGUAGAACAACUGCACAAUUCCGUAGGGAAAGCACGGCCGUCAAACCUAAGCGCUGGAAGAAGCCUCGUUCUUCGAGGGAUACGGCUAGGCCUUUUGUGGAUUACAGAAGGGUUCUCAUGCAGGCUGGAGAUGGUGGAGAUGGCAACAUAUCUUUCUUGCGAGUGUUUUGCAAUGCUUGGGCUGGACCUGAUGGUGGGGAUGGGGGUAAUGGAGGCCAUGUGAUCUUUAAAGUGGAUGCAAACAUGAUGUCACUGGAACACCUGAAACCUAUGUACAAGGCUGCUAAUGGCAUGAAAGGAUCAAACAAAGACUGUAAUGGUGGGAAUGCAGAACAUCUAAUUAUCAAGGUUCCAAUGGGAACAGUGUUCUUCGACGAGGGAGGUUCCAUGGUAUGUGAUUUGAAGAAGAAGGAAGACGUUUUUGUGGCAACGAGAGGUGGUGCUGGUGGGAAAGGCAACCACUACUUUGCCUCAAACGAGAACAGAGCACCGUACAUUGCUGAAGAGGGAGCCAUCGGUGAGAAGAAGCUACUCCAUGUAGAACUGAGGACAAUUGCACAUGCGGGGCUGGUUGGUUUCCCAAAUGCUGGCAAGUCAACACUUCUAAGAGCCAUCUCUAGAGCAAGACCCAGGGUGGCUGCUUACCCAUUCACCACCAGAAAUCCUCACGUUGGCAUCAUCGAGUAUGAGGACUACGAACAGAUAUCUGUUGCAGACAUUCCUGGACUGAUACGCGGCGCGCACAAAAACCGCGGUCUGGGAUACAGCUUCCUCAAGCACAUAGAGCGCUGCAACUGCCUAGUGUAUGUCCUGGAUGCAUCCGCGUCCAUGCCCUGGACCCAAUUAGAGGAUCUUCAGUAUGAGUUGGAGUGUUACAGUCCAGGGCUGUCCCACGUACCGCACGCUGUCAUUGCUAACAAGGUCGACCUAGGGCGAGGGUUGGCUAACCUGCCUCUCUUACAGGAGAAGAUUGGGAUUCCGGUCAUACCAGUAUCGGCAAAGUAUAAGCAGAACAUGGAGCCGCUUCUUGAAUUCUUACGUCGCGAAUAUGAUAAAGUCACUCUACGCGAGAGAACUAACGUCGGCAUGUUCAGUACAGUCUCCAGUAGUGGAGACUCUAAGCUAAAGUAACUGAUAUCAUUUCAACAUAUGCUCAAUGAUUUUUAUGCGAAAUUUAGGACGACAACGUAUUGUUUCAUGUAGGUACAAUUGCUAAGUUAUACAGAACAUGUUUAUGCUAAGUUGAUAUGACUACAAGUACAUAAUAUGUGUCAUCCUGUCUAUAAAUAUGUACAUAGAUUACAUGAUAUUCGGUAAGUCUUUUCAUAGUACAUUUCAGCUGAUACAUUGUAAGUGUAAAAUUGUAAAUAAAGGUCAUAAUAAUA